AAACACAUCGCCAAACCGCGGUUGAGAUUCCCUUCUGCGGAUCUGUUUUGGUGUUUUUCAGCUAUUUUCCUGUUGCGAUCGAAUCGCGAUAAUGGUGAUAAGGGUUUCAUGAAAGGUUUUGAUUUAGAAAAGAACCGUAAAUCCCAGUAGUGGCGAUGCUGCGUGCCUUAAUUGCCCUGCUUGUUUUUGUCAACAUCAUCGAAGGCGGUCAACAAAUCACGGUCGAUGAGAAUGGCUACAUCAUGUACUGUCCCUGCAUGGGACGGUUCGGGAAUCAAGCUGACCACUUUCUCGGCUCGCUCGGGUUUGCAAAAGGCCUGAACCGUACGCUCGUCCUGCCGCCCUGGGUCGAAUACCGUAAAUCGGAACCACGCUCGGUACAGGUGCCAUUCGAUACGUACUUUAAGGUGGAACCCCUGGAAGCAUUUCAUCGCGUGAUCACCAUGGAAAGCUUCAUGGUUAACCUAGCGCCUAGCCUGUGGCCACCGGAGGAGCGUAUCGCAUUCUGUUACACCGAACGGAUGGGGCUCGAUGGUAGCACCGGUCAUGGGUGUAACGCCAAGAGCGGUAACCCAUUCGGUUCCUUCUGGGACACGUUUGCGGUCGAUUUCGCCGGGUCCGAGUUUUACGGUCCGAAGCUCAACUACGACGUACACCAUGCUGAUCGGAUGGCGGAACGGUGGAACGAGCGUUACCCGGGUAACAAGUGGCCCGUCCUGGCCUUCACUGGAGCCCCGGCAACGUUUCCAGUACAACGGGAAAACCUCGAGCUACACCGCUUCCUCCAAUGGUCGGAACGAUGGGACACCGAGGCGCGACAGUUCAUCCGCGACAGCCUUCCCCGGGGGGCCUUCAUCGGUAUCCAUCUGCGGAACGGCAUCGAUUGGGUGCGGGCCUGUGAGCAUGUGCGCGAAAGCUCAAACCUCUUCUCAUCACCCCAGUGCCUCGGCUACCGGAACGAGCAUGGCCAGUUGACGGGGGAAAUGUGUAUGCCAUCGAGGGACACGAUCGUCCGGCAGUUGAAGCGUCGCAUCAAGCUGCACCGUGAAACGUCACCGGACAAUCCGAUCCGGGCCGUGUUUGUGGCGUCCGAUAGUAACCACAUGGUGACGGAAUUGGACGAAGCGCUGCGCCGCAUGGAGGUAACCGUAGUGCGGCAUCCCGAUGCCGAUCCGCAUCUCGAUCUAGCUAUCCUCGGACGGGCGAACCACUUUAUCGGUAACUGUAUCUCAUCGUACUCCGCGUUCGUGAAGCGGGAGCGCGACUCCAAGGGAUUUCCCUCUUCCUUUUGGGCUUUCCCGACCGAAAAGCCUACCUCGAAACCGAAAACGCCGGACAGUGCCGGCCAGCACGAGGAACUGUGACCGCGUUAAGCUGCCAGCGGUUGAUAGGUAACUUAAUCUCACCGAAUUUCGGAACUGAAUAAAGAAUACUGCAAUUUUAUCU